AUGGAUAAUGGAAGAAAUGUGACUGAAUUCAUCCUAUUAGGACUUACACAGAAUCCAAAGGUGCAAAAAGUAGUAUUUAUAGCGUUUCUUGCCUUAUACAUGGUAACUCUGGCAGCCAACCUGAUCAUUGUGGUUACCGUUACCACCAGUCACGCUUUAGAUUCCCCCAUGUAUUUUUUCCUGGCACACUUGUCUUUCAUAGAUACAAUUUAUUCAUCUUCUUCAGCUCCUAAACUGAUCAUGGAUUCUCUCCACGAGAAGAAAGUCAUCUCCUUUAAUGGGUGUAUGACCCAGGUCUAUGCAGAACAUAUCUUUGGGGGAACUGAAAUCAUCCUGCUCAUGAUAAUGGCCUAUGAUAGAUAUGUAGCCAUCUGUAAACCCCUCCACUACAUGGCUAUUAUGAACAGAAAGUUGUGCAUCAUCUUUGUGAUUGUAGCUUGGACUGGUGGCUUUCUCCAUGCAACAAUCCAGAUUCUUUUCACAAUCUGGCUCCCUUUCUGUGGACCUAACAUCAUAGAUCACUUCAUGUGUGACUUGUAUCCUUUGCUCAAUCUUGUCUGCAUGGACACCCAUACCCUCGGUCUAUUUGUGGCAGCAAACAGUGGUUUCAUUUGUCUGUUAAACUUUCUUUUGUUAUUGCUAUCCUAUGUUGUUAUUCUGCAUUCCUUGAAGAAUCACAGUCUGGAGGGGAGACGCAAAGCCCUCUCUACAUGUAUUUCCCACAUUACUGUAGUUGUCUUAUCUUUUUUGCCCUGUAUAUUUGUGUACCUGAGACCUGUGGUCACUCUGCCUAUAGAUAAGGCAGUAGCUGUAUUCUAUACUAUGGUAUCCCCAUUGUUAAAUCCUUUAAUAUACACCCUCAGGAACACAGAGAUAAAAAAUGCUAUGAGGAAUCUCUGGAAUCAAAAAGUGAAUUUACAUAAUAAAUAG